AUGGCCUACAACAGCUCCAUUAACAGACCUCACACCAGGGGUUAUAGCGCGUUUUAUGGCCAGGCCAUUUACAGUCGACAGCUGAUCACAGUUAUCCUUAUCAGCACAGCUGCUGAGGCUGAGCGCGAGGCGAGCGAGUUUAUCAGUUCAACUUCGGCGACACCUCCGAGUGGUAAGCGUCACUGACAAAUUUCGCGCGGGAACAUCUGUAGUAAAAUUGUCCUCAAUCUUCAGCCAGGUGUGUGUGUCUUAAUCCAGUCUCCACGGAGCUGCUGGACUGAUGUUGUCCCUGCUUGUCAAUGCGGUUGUCACAGUGUAUAAUUUCACUGAUUGUUCCAAUACUACACAAUUAAUCAAAGCAGUGCCCCACCAUUUAUUCUUUAUAACACAUUUCAUGCAAUUCUACUUAUUUUGUAAUAGGGCACAUAUUGCGUUUUAAAGCAAAUUUCCAGCCAUUAUACCCAUUUCCCAUGGGGUGGAGAUACAUUUUUGCAGUUUUAAAGUUAAUUACCUGCAAUUCUACACAUUCCCAUGACUUAUGCCAUGUUAAUUUUAUUUGAGUGAGAGUGACUAACAAAAUCAAUGGGGGCCCCCUGGAGGUCAGGGCCCCUGGGCACCUGCCCUGCCUGGUCGGUAUUCGGCAAUGAUUACUACAUGUUUAGAUAACUGCCUAGACUAACUUACCAAGCAAAAAAUUGUUAGCUGACAUGGCAAAUUGAUUGACUGUCAGUGACUGACAAAACAAGAAAAAAACUCCUAAUGCACAACCAAAUUUCGAACUUGCACCUUGUGUAUUCUACUAUUCUAACUCUCAACAGUAAGUUGAGAUCAUUCAAGGGUUUUUCUUUAUUUUUACUAUUUUCAAAAUUGUAGAAUAAUAGUGAAACCAUCAAAACUAUGAAAUAACACGUAUGGAAUCAUGUAGUAACCAAGAAAAUGUUAAACAAAUGAAAAUAUAUUUUAUAUUUGAGAUUCUUCAAAUAGCCACCCUUUGCCUUGAUGACAGCUUUGCACACUCUUGGCAUUCUCUCAACCAGCUUCAUGAGGUAGUCACCUGGAAUGCAUUUCAAUUAACAGGUGUGCCUUCUUAAAAGUUAAUUUGUGGAAUUUCUUUCCUUCUUAAUGCGUUUGAGCCAAUCAGUUGUGUUGUGACAAGCUAGGGGGGGGUAUACAGAAGAUAGCCAUACUAUGGCAAGAACAGCUCAAAUAAGCAAAGAGAAACAACAGUCCAUCAUUAUUUUAAGACAUGAAGGUCAGUCAAUAUGGAAAAUGUCAAGAACUUUGAAAGUUUCUUCAAGUGCAGUCGCAAAAACCAUCAAGCACUAUGAUGAAACUGGCUCUCAUGAGGACCGCCACAGGAAAGGAAGGCCCAGAGUUACCUCUGCUGCAGAGGAUAAGUUCAUUAGUGUUACCAGCCUCAGAAAUUGCAGCCCAAAUAAAUGCUUCACAGAGUUCAAGUAACAGACACAUCUCAACAUCAACUGUUCAGAGGAGACUGUGUGAAUCAGGCCAUGGUUGAAUUGCUGCAAAGAAACCACUACUAAAGGACACCAAUAAGAAGAAGAGACUUGCUUAGGCCAAGAAACAUGAGCAAUGGACAUUAGACCGGUGGAAAUUUGUCCUUUGGUUUGGAGUCCAAAUUCGAGAUUUCUGGUUCCAACCGCCGUGUCUUUGUGAGACGCGGUGUGGGUGAACAGAUGAUCUCUGCAUGUGUAUUUCCCACCAUAAAGCAUGGAGGAGGAGGUGUUAUCGUGUGGGGUGCUUUGCUGGUGACACUGUCUGUGAUUUAUUUAGAAUUCAAGGCACACUUAACCAGCAUGGCUACCACAGCAUUGUGCAGCGAUACGCCAUCCCAUCUGGUUUGGGCUUAGUGGGACUAUCAUUUGUUUUUCAACAGGACAAUGACCCAACACACAUCCAGGCUGUGUAAGGGCUAUUUUACCAAGAAGGAGAGUGAUGGAGUGCUGCAUGCGAUGACCUGGCCUCCACAAUCUCCAGACCUCAACCAAAUUGAGAUGGUUUGGGAUGAGUCGGACCGCCGAGUCAAGCAAAAGCAGCCAACAAGUGCUAAGCAUAUGUGGGAACUCCUUCAAGACUGUUGGAAAAGCAUUCCAGGUGAAGCUGGUUGAGAGAAUGCCAAGAGUGUGCAAAGCUGUCAUCAAGGCAAAGGGUGGCUAUUUGAAGAAUCUCAAAUGUAAAAUAUUUUUGAUUUGUUUAACACUUUUUUGGUUGCUACAUGAUUCCAUAUGUGUUAUUUCAUACAUUUGAUGUCUUCACUAUUAUUCUACAAUGUAGAAAAUAGUACAAAUAAAGAAAAACCCUUGAAUGAGUAGGUGUUCUAAAACUUUUGACCGGUAGUGUAUAUAUAUAUUUUGUUUUGGGUCGGGGGCCCCCUAGCGGCCAGGGGCCCGAAGCGAACACUUAUGUCGCUUAUGCCUGGAGCCUGCCCUGACUAGGGCUCCCUAGCUCUGAAAGCCUAAACAAAAAUAAUGCCACGUCUCCUCCCGUUGCUCCCCUCCGGCGCUCUGAUUCGCCGGUCUACUGAGCCACCGGUCUGAGCGCACCACCUCGGCAACACCGGAAUGGAAACCCAACGCACCCUAAUCACCUCCAGCGCACCUGCACCUCAUCAAUCAUCAUCACCACCUCUAUUUAGCCCUGGACUGUUCUGGAUGAUGUUGUGUGUGAUUGUUAAGUUUUGUGUCAUUUACUCUAUCUUUGUUAUUUCUCUUGCUCAUUGUUAAGUAAACCUUGACCUUGUUCAUUCCUGCGUCUGUGUCCUGCCUCUUCGUAUACUCAGUACGCGUCACAGUAUCACACACCAAACAAAAAUGGAGUCAGCAUGAGUGUCCCAGUGCCUCGACCAGCAGCAGCUUGCCCAGUUGAACGCCGCCAUGCAGGAAGUGCUCCAAACUCUGCAUAAUCUGCCCAGCGCUCCGGUUCCACCUCAGGGAGCAGCGAGUGCCCCCAAUCCACCUAUUCCCGUGCUAUCACCCGCUCCUGCGGGAACCCUCGCCUUACCGGAGCGCUAUGAUGGUAAAACUACUAAAUGUAGUGGCUUCCUGCUACAGGUUUCCCUUUAUCUGGCGCGUCAGCCUGGGGCAUAUCCAUCUGACCAAGCCAGGAUAGCGCUGGUGAUUCCGCUUCUUAAUGGAAAGGCGCUGUAUUGGGCCACUGCUGUCUGGGAGGCAGAGGAGGCAGUGGCACUUCCCUACCCCACCUUCCUCGCUAAGUUCAGGGCGGUGUUCGAUCAUCCCACGGAGGGAAAGGACGGGGGUGAGCGUCUCCUACAACAGAGAGAGGUGGCCCGCAUCCGAGUAUGCUCUGAGCUUCCGGCUGAAAUGAGCGUGCUCUGCGAACGGCCUUCAGGAGAGGCUUACGGGAGGACAUCAAGACGGAACCCAUGGAGGUGGGCAGCACCCCCUUCAUCACCACGGACCACAGAUCUCCUGGCGGCCCCCUAUCUAGGCGGUAUGACUCCCGUCGCCGCUUCUUGAGUGUUACGUCAGCUCCUAUCACAAAACCAUUGUUUUUAGUUCCCAUAACGGUGACUGGUUAUUCCUUCUCUUCCAUUUCUACCGCAAUGACCGGAUCAGCAGGGAACCUGAUAGAUAGGGAGCUGGUCUCUGAAUGGGGGUUGCCCACCGUGUCACUGCCAUUUCCGCUACACGUCACCUCACUGGGCAAUAAACCCCAUGGAUCAGGCACCAUUACGUACGUCUCUCCCCAUCACCAUCACCAUUCCCACACUACCGGAGCACCACGAGGAGCUGUCCUUCCACAUCGUCACGUCACCCCUUCACCGGAUCGUCUUGGGAUUGCCCUGGCUCAGACUGCACAACCCCACCACCAAUUAAAGCACCAAGAGGAUCACAGCCUGGUCCACCUCAUGCCGGAAGACCUGCCUGCCGGUGGUUUGUUGUUCCACGUCAGUGGAGAGUCCGGAGUCUGCCCUCCAGCCCAACAUUCCACGUGAGUACGCAGAUCUCUUAGAUGUCUUCUCUUCAUUAAAGGCUACGUGUCUCCCUCCUCACUGGCCCUGGGACUGCGCCAUUGACCUGCUGGAGGGACACCCCCCCCCCCCCCCCCCACCCAAAGAGUCGCAUUUACUCCCUUUCCAUGGCGGAGACUGAGGCCAUGGAGAAGUAUGUGGCGGAGACCCUGAGACAGGGGUUCAUCAGACGCUCUACCUCUCCUGCCUCCGCCAGCUUCUUCUUCGUGGCCAAAAAAGACGGAGGACUGAGACCAUGCAUUGACUACAGGAGGCUGAAUGCAGUCACCACCAAGUACCUUUACCCCCUCCCUCUGGUUCCGUCGGCCAUCGAGCAGCUACGAGGGGCCCGGUACUUUACCAAGUUGGACCUGAGGAGUGCCUACAACCUGAUCCGAAUGCUGGAAGGAGACGAGUGGAAGACAGCAUUCAGCACUACCUCAGGCCACUAUGAAUACUGCGUCAUGCCCUACGGCCUCGCCAACGCACCUUCUGUGUUCCAGUCCUUCUUCAAUGACGUGUUCCGGGACAUGCUGAGUAGACAGGUGGUGGUGUAUAUCGACGAUAUCCUGAUCUACUCGGGUACGUUCGAGGAGCAUGUCAGGGAUGUCCGAGGUAUCCUGCUCCACCUCCGGGAACACAGCCUGUUGGUGAAGGGGUAGAAAUGCGAAUUCCACCAACAGGCCAUCUCCUUCCUGGGAUACAGGAUCAGUCCUCAGGGGGUGUUCAUGGAAAGAGCGAAGACGGACGCCGUCAGGUCAUGACCAGUUCCCACCACCAUCAAGGGCCUACAGAGCUUCCUGGGCUUCGCUAAUUUCUACCGGCGUUUUAUCAGGUCCUUCAGCUCCAUAGCCGCCCCGCUCACCUCUCUCCUUAAGGGUGGGCCUCAGAAGCUGGCCUGGAACCCUGAGGAUGACGCUGCCUUCAAGAGGCUGAAGGAGAGGUUCACCACAGCGCCCAUCCUAAAACACCCACAUCCAUAUGUCACGUCUCCUCCCGUUGCUCCCCUCCGGCGCUCUGAUUCGCCUUGUGUACUGAGCCACCGGUGUGAGCGCACCACCUCGGCAACACCGGAAUGGAAAACCAACGCACCCUAAUCACCUCCAGCGCACCUGCACCUCAUCAUAUCAUCACCACCCCUAUUUAGCCCUGGACUGUUCUGGAUGAUGUUGUGUGUGAUUGUUAAGCUUUGUGUCGUUUACUCUAUCUUUGUUAUUUCUCUUGCUCAUUGUUAAGUAAACCUUGACCUUGUUCAUUCCUGCGCCUGCAUCCUGCCUCUUUGUACACUCAGUACGCGUCACAGUCUACUGUUGUGGAAGAAUUAGGGUGAGCUGUUGUAACUUCUCAAGGGUUAUGCUCUGUUCUGAUCUGUGAUGUUAGGCCUUUCAUAGACUCCUGGUAUGUCGGCACCCUAAUACAAGGUCAUUGUGUUCUGGAACUGUUGCUUGUAUAAAUAACUGUUGUGUAACAAUAUGAUUGUAUUAUUACCUCCCAUUAUAUAAGGGUCAUGUGACCAUUUACUCUUGGAGCUCCUUCCCUGACUGUGAUCAGAGGGGGAUCUACCUUGCAGCUGCUUCAUUAAAAGAUUCACUAUUAUACAAUUACAUUAUUCUCUACCUUUUAAUCUUUGGGUCGAGUUUUCCACAACACCACAUAGGCCUACAGUAUUUCACUUCCUCAGACUUGGUAAAUACUUGUAAAAAUGGAUUGCAUAGCUUUCCCAAUAGGGUCAUACAAGGUGAGGCCCCUGGAGUCAUACUAGGGGUUUAUGCGUGUGUGUGUGUGUACAGAUAGAGCUUUCUCUAUUCUCUGGGAAUGUCUCUCCACUUCCAUGAGGCUGAAUUUGGCCCUGUGACCACAGAGUCGCUGGUUCAGGCCCCACUCUGGCUUCUCCCCCUUAAUCGCUACAGUUUAUGCUCAAAUAAUAUAUACACUUUAUACCGGUAUAUAAUUCAUGAUCAUUUGGAUGUAAUGAACUCUGUGUGUGUUUGUUCCACAGGUUCUGUCGAGAUGUUACAUCUCAGGCACCUGCUCUGGCUUGUGCUUCUUUGUUGUGCUUUCGCUGAACAAGGUGAGUCUUGCUGUGUGUGUGUGUGUGUGUGUGUGUGUAUGUGUGUGUGUGUGUGUGUGUUUCACUCUGGAUAAGAGUCUAACAAACUGGAAACAGGUCAUUAGUUUUACACAGGAAACGGAGAGAGGCAUUCACUCAGCUCCAUUCAUUUUUCUCAAUCCUCUAGAAAAGGGUUUCCCAAACUCGGUCCUGCACGUUUUGGUUUUUGCCCCAGCACUACACAGCUGAUUCAAAUAAUCAACUUAUCAUCAAGCUUUAAUUACUUGAAUCAGAUAUGUAGUGCUAGGGCAAAAAACAAAAAACAUGCACCCCUGGGAGGCUCCAGGACUGAGUUUGAGAAAGCCCUGCUCUAGACAUGCGCGCACACACACACACACUUCCAGUUACCUACAUCAGGGGUCAAGUUAAUCACACCGUAAGCCAUCCGGACCACAUACAGCCCUCCACUAAACCCAUCCACAAAUUAAACCCAUGCUCUGUGUAUCUGUUUGUUCUGUCAUUUGGUGUCCUGAAUUAAACCCAUCCCCCCUCUGGUGCCUUCUGUCCUGAUUUAACUUCCCAUGCUCACUCUGUAGUUUAAACUAUUCACCCCUCACCUUGACCCUCACUCAACCUUACCCCUAGCCCUGACCCCAAAGCUCAUGUACUUGCUUUUGAUAAUAUAGGCACUUUUGUCCUUACUAGCAUGGCUAGAUAGUAACACCCUCUAUUUCUCUCUAGAUCCAUCAUGGAGAAUGAAGGUAGAGAAGGCUGCCCCCACUAGUGGCUCUCUGGCGGGCAGGGUGGUGCUACCAUGCCACUUCUCCAUCACCCCCACCUCCUCAAACACCCCCACCACACACACCCCAACACCCAGCCACAUCCCCACACUCACCCGUAGCACACAGGGCCCAGAGGACCAGCUGAGGAUUAAGUGGACAAAACUGGAGGGAGAUGGGGAGCGUGUGGUGCUGGUGUCCCAGGGAGGAGGGAUCAAGGUGGAGCAGGGGUACAAGGGCAGGGUGUCGGUGCCCAACCACCCCCAGGAAGAAGGUGACGCCUCGCUGAUCGUUGUGCACCUGAGGGCUAGCGACGCUGGGCUGUACCGCUGCGAGGUCAUGCAUGGCAUGGAGGACACCCAGGAUACUGUUCAUCUCAAUGUCAGCGGUGAGUGGACACACGCAUGGUAGCAGACACACAGUAACACAGAAACGCACACAUUUCGCCCAUUGGAAGGUGCCCAUCGGUCCAUGCCCUAUUGUCAUCAGUUACAGGAGUUGUUGGGUAAUAUAAAUAUUGUGAAACUCUCUAAUGCUACCUGUUUCGUGUCAUUCCCACUCAGACAUGCUAUUCCAUAGGGAGCCUUUAGUUCAGGAUUCCCCAACUGUCGGCCCGCAGGCCAAAUGCUUUUAUUUGGCCGCCCAAGUUUUCUGUGCAAAUUCAUUGUUGGACAUGAAAGACUUUAAUAUGAUCCGUUUGGGCUUCUACAAAUGAUUUGCAAUUAUGGUCCGGCCCCCCGACCAUCCGCACAAUAAAAGAUCGGCCCUUGGCCAUUGAUGAUCCCUGCUUUAGUUACUAUCUGUAGAGGUGCCAUGAUGUGGUCAUGUAUCUAUGUUAUUAUGAUGUAAUAGUGCAGUUAGCUUUCCUGGACAGCAGAGCUGAGCAGCAGGCCAAGUCAUCAUCACUAGACUGAGGCACUAACUGGCAGACGGUGGUGUUGUAGGUUUCCAGGAGCUGGACUGUUAUGUACAUCUUGAGACUGACGUUAGUGACUCACCUGCAUAUAUCAUUACCUUUCAGGGCAUUACCUGCUCAGAUGGCAGGAGAUUCAGUCUGGGACUGAGACUGGGAUGUGUGAGGCAGAGUAGAUGUCUGGCUGGAACUUUUACCAGGUCUGCAUACGUAGCUAGCUGAUGGAGAAACAUUCAGUAUAACUAUCUGGCGGUGCUGUGUUUCUCUGGUUGUAACACACUACCUCAUGCUGGACCUGUGCAGACCUACAGGGCUGGUGUAGGUCAUCUGAGGAUAAGGUAGAGGUGGACUGCUCUUUGCUCUGCUCUGCCCAGAGACACUCAGAGAGACUUAGACACAUUAAAGUACUCCUGAGAGAUGAACUUAGAAAUGUAGCCCUCAUCUGACCAAGUCAUCAGUAGAUUCUACAGGGUAAUGUAUAGAAUACACAUGGUAUACACCGUCCAAAGAACCUGCAAGUAAGCAUUUCGUUGGACGGUGUAUACCAUGUGUAUCCUGUACACACGACUAAUAAAACUUAAAACAGUAGCUAGUUAAAUCACCAUAUGUCACAGCAUGACAGUCUAGUCACCAAUAGCUGUGUCGGAGUAAACAAAACCAUGGAUUGUGUCCAGGUCUCGCUCUCUCUUUGAGUCUCUCUGGCGUGCAUGCCGAGGAAGACCUGGCUCUAUAUCUGUAGUAUAUAGUUAACUAAGCAUACAUUCCUGAGUUCCAAAUUUGUCCUACCAAACUUUUACAAUACAUUGCCUUAUGUAGCUCAUGUUGGGGGGUGGGGGGUUACAGUAUACUACUGUGUGACAUCCAAGCUGGGUAUCUUUCAUAAGGAGAAACCCCCUAAAUAGCCCAGAUUAUCACAGAGUCCACAUUAGAGAUGAACAACGGUCUGUUGAUACAAUAGUCUCUGUGUGUAGAUACAACCACUGUUCACUAGGCUACAAAUAGAAACAGACAGCGACAGCUCUAUCAGACUAUCAACUCUUUUAACGUUUUACUGCAUGCCAGUCUAUUCAGUGAACUCUACAACUGGAAACAGCCAGUUUCCUAGAGGGAAAAACAAUUAACUCUCUUAUGAACUUGGAAAAUAGGGGUCUGAUUGCCCAAGACAAACAUUCUCAGAUAGUUUCAGGAUGUCAGCGAGCUAAAGUAUCGUAGCGCAGUCUUCUUAUCUGUCCUCUCUGCAGUACGAUGCUCGUGUUACUAGGUUGUCUCAGUUUUCUUAUUGGAUCUGGAUUACAGUUUUUUCUAAAUCGAUUGUAAAAGUGGGCUCGCUGGUUGUGUUCUUUCUGUAACCCUCUCAGUACUAAACACAGGCACUCACCACACAAACACACACACACUGACCUCCUGUCUCUGUCUCUCUCCAGGUGUGGUGUUCCACUACAGGUCUGGUUCCAGCCGCUACACCUUUUCCUUUCCUGGGGCCAUUGAAGCGUGUCGCGCUAACGGGGCAACCAUCGCUACGGCUGAACAGCUGACUGCCGCCUUCGAGGACGGACUGGACCAGUGUGACGCCGGCUGGAUAGCCGACCAGACCGUCAGGUGUGUGUUUGUUUGUGUGUGUGUGCGUGUUACCUAAGCAUCACAGCUCUCAACUGAUGUGGCUGGUGAUGACCAGGGCUGAAACAAAAUAUGUUUAAUACCCAUCUCAAGGAUACCACUGUCCCUAUCAGAGUUUGUAAGGAAGACUACAUUUCCCAUGCUCCCUCUCUCGUCCCUGUAGAUACCCAAUCACGAAGCCCCGUCCUGGUUGCAUGGGCGAUUUGAAUCACAGGCCUGGGAUCAGGACGUAUGGGCUCAGAGACCCUAAAGAGACCUACGACGUCUACUGCUAUGUAGACAAACUGCACGGUGAGUGAGUGUGUGUGUGUGCGCAUGAGUGAGUUUGAGUAUUUGUGUUUCCUGAUGGUGAGUUAAAGCGUGUGACUAUUUGGGUAAAGUGUGUGUAUAUCUCCCCCUGUAGGUGAGGUGUUCUAUGCUCCUAUCCGUUACAAGCUGACCCUUCGCCAGGCUAAGCGUGUGUGUGAGAGGCAGGGGGCAGUGCUCGCCUCCCCUGGUAACCUGUUCGCCGCGUGGCAUGGAGGCCUGAAUCGCUGUGACUACGGCUGGCUGUCAGACGGGAGCGCCCGCUACCCCAUAUCCGUCCCCAGGCCCCAGUGUGGAGGAGGACUGCUGGGGGUCCGGACUCUGUACCAAUUCCCCGACCAGACUGGCUUCCCCAACCCUAUUAACAGACAUGGAGCUUUCUGUUUCAAGGGUAAGACUACUGUAAUACUAUUACCACCACUGUUACUAAAGCUGCUGUCGCUGCUACUAUGAAGGCGAUGACAAUGAUCACAAUGAUGAUGAUGGGGAGGAAGAGGAAGAGGAGGGGGAGGUGGAGCCAGACAUUGAGAAAUGGGAGAGAAAAGUAGUGAGAAGGGGGGAGAGAGUAGACAUGUUCUUAAGGAGGGAGGGGGUCGAAGGGUAGAGAGGAGCUGUUCCUUUAUUGUACUAACAGACAUUCAGACUUGGCAGGCCGGAGUAUCAUCAGGGAUAUUUCUGCACUUUCUCUCAGGCUCAAUAAGUUAAGCCCCGUCCUGUGUGAGGAUGAACUCUCACCCUGUUUUCACUUCCUGCUGAGGGUUGUCUAAACGGCCAAGCCUGGGGGGACAGAUCACAUCUAGGAGACAGAGAAAGGGUUGGAGGGUAGAGGAGGGGGGGGCAGAGAGAGGGAGAGGGGAGGAUGAAGAGGAUGGUUUACGUGAAACUGUUAUUUUACAGUAAAAGGAUGAAUGCUAACUUGAGCAACAUACAUAAACUCACAAUUAUACGUUCAUCUUCCGUUGACAUGAUUUAUGUAAUAGUUCAAGUUACGGGGUGUUAGGAUCUGGCCCACACAGUGUUUAAAGCUUUUAAAAUGACUUUUAUUGUGAUACUAUGUUGGACACGUCUGUUUGCACAGUGAGCAUUUACUUUAUAUCACAUCUGGAAAGACAAUGGCCCACUCGCUUCCACGUCUUGCAUUACUGUAUCACCCCAUAAUCCCUGCCUUAUGCCUAACUGCAAUCUCUAACCCAUACAUCAACUUCCUUUCCCUGCAUUACUGCAUUCCCCUAACUCCUUCACCUCUCCUUUACUGCUGUCUUUGAGUCUCCUACCUCCUCAUCCUCUACCUGCCUUACUGCAGUCUUGAAGAGUGCAACAUCCCUUACUUCUCUCUACCUUACUGCAGUCUGCAACCUCUCCUUCCUCUCUCUACCUUACUGCAGUCUGCAACCUCUCCUUCCUCUCUCUACCUUACUGCAGUCUGCAACCUUCUUCCUCUCUCUACCUUACUGCAGUCUGCAACCCCCCCCUUACUGCAGUCUGCAACCUCUCCUUCCUCUCUCUACCUUACUGCAGUCUGCAACCUCUCCUUCCUCUCUCUACCUUACUGCAGUCUCCAACCUCUCCUUCCUCUCUCUACCUUACUGCAGUCUCCAACCUCUCCUUCCUCCUCUCUACCUUACUGCAGUCUCCAACCUCUCCUUCCUCUCUCUACCUUACUGCAGUCUGCAACCUCUCCUUCCUCUCUCUACCUUACUGCAGUCUGCAACCUCUCCCUUCCUCUCUCUACCUUACUGCAGUCUCCAACCUCUUCUCCUAUUACCAUCUCCUCUUCUACCUACUGCAGUCUCCAACCUCUCCUAACCUCCACUUCUCUCUCUACCUUACUGCAGUCUCCAACCUCUCCACUCUCCCUUCUCUCUACCUUACUGCAGUCUGCAACCUCUCCUUCCCUCUCUACCUACUGAUCACUCUCCACCUCUACCUUCACUCUCUACACCUGCAGUCUCAACCUCCUCCUUCCUCUCUCUACCUUACUGCAGUCUCCAACCUCUCCACCCUCCCAUCCUCUUUACCUUACUGCAGUCUCCAACCUCUCCAACCUCCCAUUCCUCUUUACCUUACUGCAGUCUCCAACCUCUCCAACCUCUUCAUCCUCUCUCUGCCUUCCAGUUUCCAACUUCUACUGACAUAACCCAAUGUCUCCCACAUGGUUGGUUAAGGCCUAUUCUUUCAGGGUCAGGGCUUAAGACUGCAUCCUGACUCGAAACAUGGCUCUGAUUUGGUGGGUCAUUAGAAAACUAUAUCUCUAGGGGGGUCACAGCAGAGACCCAGUUAGGAAACCAAAGCAGUUUAUAGUGUGGUGUUGCAAGGGGAAUGAGAAUGAGUUCUGCAGAGAAACAGCACUCUGUUCAACUCUACCAUGCUGAAGAAUAUCCUCCUGCUCCCUCCUCUCUCUCCUGUCUCUCCCGUUUAUGGGCCUGUGUGUGUUUUUUACUAGGGGAAAACCCAACUCACGCUCUCUACACAGCAAGAAACACAGACAGAAACAGGACAGGUCCCUAAUGCACUACAGCUGGCCCCUUCCCAGAAAGAGAGUGGAACAAGAGAGAAAGAGGACGGAGAGUAAGAGAGAGUCUGAGAAAGAGAGAGGGAAAGUCUUAGCAGAAUAGAUUUACACAUUUGCGACCCUCUUUUUGCAGACACUAAAUAAUCUGUUGCAAUCUAGUGGUUUCUAAAAUACCAUUUGAUAAAAUCCAUAACAUAAUGCACAUGAAACGGUAACGUCUACGACCAUGUGUAGCUGAUUUAUACAGCUCCGAACGUAUAUGUGAGCCGCGUCUUGCAUUUAGCCUAUAGAGCAUGCAGGCUAAUGCAUAGUGGAGGUGACAUGGCUAAAGGGACUUGGCCUGGCCCAGCCAAACACAUGACAUCAAACCUGGGCUGGAGAUGGAGCUAGUUUGGCUGGGCUGUCCAGGUCCCCUCUGAGUUUGAGUGAGCAGGCUAACUCCCCUGAGUGUCUUUGCUCAGAGUCCUGCCAGGUAUACACGCCUCCAACACACAGAGAGAGAGGGAGGGAUGGAGGGGGAUGGAGAGAGAGGGAGAGAAAGAGGUGAAGAGUGGGAGUGAGAGAGAGAGAGCGAGAGGCAGAGAGAGAGAGAGAGGGAAAGAGAAGCCGGCCCAAAGAAAGGGAUGGAUGAAACGAGAGAGAGGGAGGAGGAGGGGGAGGAGAGGAGGAGGAGGGGGGGAUCCCAGCUCCUUCUAUAUAUGCAUCCAACAUUUUGAGAGGGGGAGGGGGGCUGAAAUUGAAUAUAUACAGUGCAUUCGGAAAGUAGUCAGACCCCUUGACCACAUUUUGUUACAUUACAGCCUUAUUCUAAAAUGUAUUAAAUAGUUUUUUCCUCAUCAAUCUACACACAAUACCCCAUAAUGACAAAGCAAAAACUGUUUUUUAGUAAUUCUUGCAAAUGUAUAAAAAAAAAACAACUGAAAUAUUACAUUUACAUAAGUAUUCAGACCCUUUACUCAGUACUUUGUUGAAGCACCUUUGGCAGCGAUUACAGCCUCGAGUCUUCUUGGGUAUGACGCUACAAGCUUGGCACACCUGUAUUUGGGAAAGUUUCUCCCAUUCUUCUCUGCAGAUCAUCUCCCGUGUAGCUCAGUUGGUAGAGCAUGGCGUUUGCAACGCCAGGGUUGUGAGUUUCCCACGGGGGACCAGUAUGAAAAAAAAUUUAAUAAUAAUAAUUUAUGCACUCACUUAACUGUAAGUCGCUCUGGAUAAGAGUGUCUGCUAAAUGACUAAAAUGUAAAUGUAAAUCUCAAGCUCUGACAGGUUGGAUGGGAGCGUCGCUCACGGCUGUUUUCAGGUCUCUCCAGAGAUGUUCGAUCGGGUUCAAGUCCGGGCUCUGGCUGGGCCACUCACGGACAUUCAGAGACUUGUCCCGAAGCCACUCCUGUGUUGUCUUGGCUGUGUGCUUAGGGUCGUUGUCCUGUUGGAAGGUGAAGCUUCGCCCCAGUCUGAGGUCCUGAGCACUCUGGAGCAGGUUUUCAUCAAGGAUCUUCCUAUACUUUGCUCCCAGUCCCUGCCACUGAAAAACAUCCCCACAGCAUGAUGCUGCCACCACAAUGCUUCACCGUACGGAUGACGGCAGGUUUCCUCCUGACGGGACGCUUGGUAUUCAGGCCAACGAGUUCAAUCUUGGUUUCAUCAGACCAGAGAAUCGUGUUUCUCAUGGUCUGUCCUUUAGGUGCAUUUUGGCAAACUUCAAGCGGGCUGUCAUGUGCCUACUGAGGAGUGGCUUCUGUCUGGCCACUCUACCAUAAAAGCCUGAUUGGUGGAGUGCUGCAGAGAUGGUUGUCCUUCUGGAAGGUUCUCCCAUCUCCACAGAGGCUCUCUGGAGCUCUGUCAGAGUGAUCAUCAGGUUCUUGGUCAUCUCCCUGACCAAGGCCCUUCUCCCCUGAUUGCCGAGCGGCCGGGCGGCAAGCUCUAGGAAGAGUCUUGGUGGUUCUAAACUUCUUCCAUUUAAGAAUGAUGGAGGCCACUGUGUUCUUGGGGACCCUCAACGCUGUAGACAUUUUUUUUGUACCCUUCCCCAGAUCUGUGCCUCGACCACAAUCUUGUCUCGGAGCUCUACGGACAAUUCCUUUGACCUCAUGGCUUGGUUUUUGCUCUGGCAUGCACUGUCAACUGUGGGACCUUAUAUAGACAGGUGUGUGCUUUUCCAAAUCAUGUCCAAUCAAUUGAAUUUACCACAGGUGGACUCCAAUCAAGUUGUAGAAACAUCUCAAGGAUGAUCAAUGGAAACAAUUUCGAGUCUCAUAGCAAAGGGUCUGAAUACUUAUGUAAAUAAGGUAUUUCUGUUUGUUAUUUGUUUAUACAUUUCCUAAAAUGUAUAAAAGAUUGAUGAGGAAAACGUUUAUUUAAUCAAUUCUAGAAUAAGGCUGUAACGUAACAAAAUGUGGGAAAAGUCAAGGGGUCUGAAUACUUUCCGAAUGCACUGUACAUUAAACAUAAUUAUGACAUUACAGUGUGUCAGGAAGGUUAACGUGCAUGCGUCAGCUGUCCAUGAGACAAGCAGCGAGCACGUUACACAGGAGUAUGGUGGUUGUGUGCGUGUGUGUAUGUGCGAUACAGAGAGUAAUGUUAUGGGUUUGCGUGUAUGUAGGCCUUCCCUUCCCUUUUCCUCUUAUAGUAAAGAUUUACUAGAGUUUUACUAAUGUUGUUUGAUGCCAAACUCAUGUUUCUCUGUGGUUUACACAGACUAUUAUAUUAUUAUAAUUAUUAUAUGGGCAGAAGACAAUGUAAUGAGUUUGGGUUAGGAUUAUAGGCUAUUGUAUACAGGAGGAAAAGAGAGGGCUAACAUGUUGCCUAAAGAUGUGCUCCAGUGUUGAAACAUAGCAGGUUAUGUGUAGCCAAAAGAAACGCUUCAGCACAUCUAGGUGUGUGUUUGCGUGUGUGUGUCUGCCUGCAUGUGUGUAUGUAUGCAUACACGCUUAUGCCAAAGAAUCUCCCAGGGGAAAGGGAGGUUGGAGGGUUGCAGUUGGCCUAAAACAGCCAUUUUUAACACAGUUCACACACCAUGCAGUCUAAAAAUACAGACAUCCUGGCAGAGAGAGAGACAUUCUGACAAACUGACACCACUGGCACUGACACUUCCACGGGUUUAUUCUUAACGGCUGACGUCUCUCUUUAGAAAUGUAACUCUCUGGGUUUGAUGUCCUUUUACAGCUUGCUGCUGUGAGCUGAUACCAUUCUGAUUCUGACAACACCAUGUUUAGCAUUCUCCAUUAGCAUUCUGUUUCUUCUUUGUCUUUUAUUUACUAUGGCACAGCAUGUUCCUUAGUCUUUCUCUUUACCUUUGAGUACAUGACUGUACCUUGCCUGUUAUCUCAGGUGAUAUAAUCUGAGAGACUACUUUAUAUCAGCAAUGUUACACGUUUUGUGAUGUCACCAGAGCUAAACCCCUCCUCUCUGUCUCUGCAGGUAAGGAACCAGAGAUCACCACUCCUGGACCUGUGACGACCACAGCUACAGACAGACCUCACACUACCUACCACACAGGCAGACCAAACCUUCCAGGCACAACUCCCACAGACAGAACUGACCACACAGCAACAGACAGAACUCACACAGCUGUAGACAAUCCUCACCACACAGACCGACCACACCAAACAACUGCAGACCAAGACAGAAGUCAGCAUACAGGUGGACCACACGACACAGCUUAUACAGGCACAGACAGACGUUACACUGCUACUGACAGAACACACACCACCAAAGACAAGUAUCACUCCACUGACCACAAGACAACAGACAAAGACAGAACUACCCAGAUAGGAGACAGAACAACAGACAGAACGACAGACCAAAAUACAGACUUCUCUGUUGGUACCACUCAGUUCCCUGAGUAUGAUGGGGAUGCCUUUAUCCUAGACCUAACCAAGGUAGAGUCACUGCCCUCCGUGGGUGAUAGCCUGUUACCUCUGCAGCUGCCCCCUCUCCCCACCAUCCGCUCCAAGCCCACCCACCCCCACCUAGACAUCAUCCAGGGGGGAGACCUGGAGGGAGACAAGGAAGAGGGGGAGGUUCAGACAGGCUCAGGCAGGGGGGAGAGCAGUGGGAGUGGGGAGGGGAGCAGUAGUGAUGGGGAAAGUGAGGGGAAGGACCAGGGAGUAGUGACUCCCACACAUGGCUUCAUGGUAGGCACAGGACUGGGUUCGGACCCCUCACGCCCAGGACAACCAGGGUACCCAGGGCGUCCAAGGGGGUAUCCAGGGUCGGUCACCCCAGAGCAUGGCCACCCAGGUGGGGACAGAGUGACAGAACAGCAGCCUGCUGUGGUCUACAAGGAGGAGGAGGGCAAGAGCUAUAGAACAACAACCCACAGCCAACCAGGAGCCACGGAAUCAUACGGCAUGGACCAAUCGGUGGCCAUCCAUAAGAAGGCCUCGCCCACCAAACCACCAUUCCACCUCAUCAUCGUCAAUGUGCACGACAGGAACCAAUCAGGUGAGAGUUUACUGUUGACUCUGAUGACAAGGUGAUGUUCAGUUUAAUGCACAACCAAACAAACUCUUAUCUCAACACUGCUAACUCUGUGUAUGUGGACGUAACACCUCUGUUUCGAGGUAUUUUCUCAUAAUUGUAGUGCCAAACUAUGCACUGUCUCAGCCACCUUGUGAAAGGACUGUAAUAAGUCCUGUUUUAUAAACUGGAUGGUUCGAGCCCUGAAUGCUGAUUGGCUGACAGCCAUGGUAUAUCAGACCCUAUACCAUGGGUGUGACAAAACAUUUAUUUUUACUGCUCUAAUUACGUUGGUAUCCAGUUUCUAAUAGCAAUAAGGCACCUCGGGGGUUUGUGAUAUAUUGCCAAUAUACCACACCUCCUCGGGCCUUAUUGCUUAAGUAUACUCUAACAUUAUGAGUCUCUGUGAGUGACUGCGUGUGCUGAAUGACUCUGUACUCUCUGUGCUUCAGAGUGAGCAGCUUGUGUUGAUGCUCUGUUGGAUCUAGACAGAUGUCCAGUGUAGGCAGACAGAAUGGUCAGUCAGAGAGAGAUAGGAGCAUGGAAAGAGAGUAUACAGUACACAUUGUUAAAGUCUGUGUGGCAUGGACAGGAAGGAUACAGUGACCACUCUUAAACCAGGCAACUGCUGGACAACUGUGUCCUAAACUGAUGUGAUGCAUCUCCAUAAUAUAUUAAUAUCUCCAUUAAAACAGAUUCCCAGCUGUCAUGUCAGUAAGCAUUCGCUACUGUAGGAGUUCAGGAUCUGUGGGAACAUUUUAGAUUUAGGGAUUACCUUAUUUAGCUGUGUGUGUGUGCGUGCUUCCAGUGAUGCAUUAUUGAAAUGUGUGUGUGUAGUUGUGUUUGUGUGUGUGUUAGGGCAGGCAUAUGGGCUGGCCUUAGGGGAUCUGGUCUGCCCUACUGUACCUCCUUACCCUUAUUUGACCAAGACACGGCCAACAGAAAAAUGCAUCAAUCUCAGUUAAAGCAUCCGAGCGAGCGAAACAGCACCCCUCUGUCUCAGUAUGUGUAGCCCAUGUAUCUGAUCAUGUCUGGACCAAAAGAGGAUGGAUUGUCAUACUAUUUCUGGCAAGACAGCAUCAGAUACAUGGGCUACAUAUAGAGGGGCGUUGUUUCGCUCGCUCAGAUCCUUUCUCCUGUGAUAUGCUUAGUUUCAGCAGAGAGGAAGAGGUGAAGCAAGAGAGCUCAAUCUCGCCAGAUUCCAUCCAGUAUAAGCCCAAUGCGUUUCUAUGGAAAUAAUAUGCAGACCUAAGCUUGUCCCCUGCCUUCCCGCCUUUGGGACAAAGACUCCCAUUGUUAGGGCGGAGAAAGAGCUGCAAAAAACACUCACACUGGACAGUUUUUAUCUCCAUCUCUUCAUUCAAAGACUCAAUCAUGGACACUCUUACUGACAGUUGUGGCUGCUUCCUGUGAUGUAUUGUUGUCUCUACCUUCUUGCCCUUUGUGCUGUUGUCUGUGCCCAAUAAUGUUUGUACCAUGUUUUGUGUUGCUACCAUGUUCUGUCAUGUUGUGUUGCUACCAUGCUGUGUUGUCAUGUGUUGCUGCCAUGCUAUGUUGUUGUCUUAGGCCUCUCUUUAUGUAGUGUUGUGGUGUCUCUCUUGUCUUGAUGUGUGUUUUGUCCUAUAUUUUUAUUUUGAAUCCCAGCCCCCGUCCCCGCAGGAGGCCUUUUGCCUUUUGGUAGGCCAUCAUUGUAAAUACGAAUUUGUUCUUAACUGACUUGCCUUGUUAAAUAAAGGUAAAAAAUAAAUAAACAUGAGCAUCUCGUCAUUAUAUACAGAUCUCUGGUUUCAGCCUCUUGCGAAUUGGAAAGGAAAGUUGGCGGGUACACAUUGCAAUGUUAGGAUGCUGGAUUGCCCUAAAGUAAAUUGAUGUUUAACCAAAAUUAUAUAAUUACUCCUGUGUAAAUGAAAUCAUUCAAAAUACUUCAACAGGGAGCAUUACUUAGCCACAGAGCAUCAUUCGUUUAUUCAUUUUUUAAAUAGCUGUGGAUUGUUUCAAAUUACCAGUGUGUGUGGGUACUGGCCCCCGGUGGGAAUCGAACCCACAAUCCUGGCGUUGCAAGCGCCAUGCUCUACCAACUGAGCUACACGGGGACUAAGUUUGUAAACGUAACUUAGUUGUAAAAUACAAUUUUAGUUUAUAGAAGCUAGAUAAACUUUCAACAACAUGUAGGUUAUACUGAAGACGUACAACGUCAGGCCGGACCAAGUGAUGAUUUGAUACAAUGUUGCACGUCACUAGGAAUAGCUCAAGUCAAGACAGAUAGAAAGGGAGGCAGACAGGCGCAGUAGAUAGAUUCAUGUGAUUUAAAGAACCAGAAUUUUCAUCAGGAUAUUUUCUACUGCUUUUAUUUGUCUGCUUUAGGCCUAUGUAUUUUACUUAGUUGACGAUGGAAGUUAUAGGCCUACUGCUGCAUCUCUGAGUUCUAUGUUCGCAUUUCUUUAAGCCGCCAAUGGAUCACAAUGUAUCAACGGUCCAUAUGAUAGUGCUCUCGGCAAAGUUGAAUUUUAACUUUUAGAUGUUCAUCAUUUUACUUCAGCUUUUUAUGAUUAACCAUGUGACAAUGAUUUUGAGAAAUGAAAACAUUAUUAUUGAAAUGAAACUGCUCCAAGAAAAUGCCCAUAUCAAAAAUAAUCAGAACUGGCACGCAGAUCGUGUCACGAUCUUCAUUCAUAGAGGAGGACCAAGGCGCAGCGUUGAAUGCAAACAUUUUAUUCAUUAGAAUGAUCACACGAUCAAAACGAAACGUGACGUCCCUGGUUACAUAAACAAACCAACUAAGAACAAGAAACCACAAAUAAUGAAUGCCUAACGGCUACCUAAGUAUGACUCCCAAUCAGAGACAACGAGCUACAGCCGUCUCUGAUUGGGAGCCACCCUGGCCAACAUAGAUAUACAACAACUAGAACAUAAACAAAUGAAAACUCACACCCUGGCUCAACAUACUAGAGUCCCCGGAGCCAGGGCGUGACAGAUCGGUAGAAAUGGUAGGAUAAAUUGUAAGCUUCCCCAAACUUGAAACUCACGAGCUGCCUAUGGUCUUUACUAUUACAGCCAUUAAAAAAACAUAGGAGGUCCCGUGAAAAAAUGUGCCCCCCUAUGGAAAUCAAAGGCCCGUCCAACUGAUUAUUUCUGCCUCCGGGUCAAGUGUGUGUGUUUGUGCAUGUGUGUGUCUGCUUGCGUGCUUCCAGUGAUGCCUUAAGGAAAUCUCUGGCUUGACGAGGAUCAGUUCUGGAUGCUUUCUAGCUGUUUGUUUUCUUGUUUUAAUAGAGAAGUUGUAUCGUUAUCAUCUCUGUCCAUUUACAACCAGUUUACAUGCAAACACAUCUGCAGAUUCUGCACAAACAAAUGUUUGAAACACAUUAACUCAUUUUUCAGUUUUUAGCUUGGCAGUUGCAUUUCAGAGAGAGAGAGAAGCACACACAACCCUGAGGUCAAAUGGCAGAGCCUCUUUUAGAUCAAUCAGCAUUGUAAUCACGCUCAACUAAUUACCCCCUCUAAUUACUCCCUCGGUCUCCUCCCUUUAUCUGCCUAACUUUCCCAUCUCUCCCUUAAUUCCUUCCCAACAUACACCCCACCCCAUGCCUCUCCUCCUUUCUCCUUUAAUGUGUGUGAGUCUACCUGCUCCCCUACCACCAUCCACGCCAUAACAUUUAUGAAUGGCUAUUGUUUAUUAUUAAAGGGAGAUAUUGUAUAUUGGAUCCUGUAUUAGGUAAUAUUUCACCCAGUAACUCAAUAAGAAUUCACUUCCUCAGUGGGUUAUAGUCCCACUAUUUCUACACAACUAAAGGGAAUUGAGAAAUUGAAAUAUUGAGGAUUACAGAUGGAUCUUAAUUUGAUCACCCUUUUGUUGCUGAGAAUUUUCCUGUCUUUUAAAGUAUUCUAAAGUUUGUAAUUUUGACUUUGACAUUUCAGACUUAAUUUGCCCUAACGAAAAAUGUGUCAACCCCUACUAAAAUGUCCAUUCAUUUUCAUCCACAUAAUAAUUAACAUUUCCUAUUGCCGCUGGAUUAUUUUCCUGCUGUGGCAAACUGGCUCAAAUCAAGAUCCUACAUCUGUAUGGUUAAAUCUUCCUGUUUCGAAUAUAGUAGAUGUAUCUGAUUCAGGGUCACAAAGGGACGGACACCUCUUUAGGUUGGGAGUGGGUUUUAUUAACAUGGUUAAGUCUGACGCGUGCAUGAAAGCACACACACACACACACACUUAUUCAACGGCAGAUUAAAAGUAUUUAUUUCUACCAUCCGCACGGUUUUAUUUGUCCCCAGAGACAUAACUAACCUCAGAUUUAGUGCUGCCCCGUCCAAAUGUGCUUCCCCUUGCACUCGUUCCCACGAUAUAGGUUCCAUGUGUACCAUAAAGACCUAAUGAAGACACAAAAACCUGCAUUGUUCAAGUAAUACUUCUGGCUCUCAUUGAGCCAGUCAUAGCCAACACACAGCAGACACUAUUAAGUCUUUGUGGAUAGUAUAACAGCAUAUUGGCAUUUUGCAAUGCUGAAACAAUUAUUAUUUAUCAACAAUGUGCAUUAGGGUUUCACUGUGGUGUGUUUCUGGUAGACCUUAAUCUGUAGGAUCUGCAGGUCCUGAUGCACAUGCGCGCACACACACACACACACAGACAGACAGACAGAUGCACACACACCCUCACUCUUUCUCUGACCCCCUCCUCUCCCUGUAUUGUUCCUGUGUUUCCAGUGGAACACAUCCUGCAGAUUCUGGGACAGCCUUUAGGGGGUAAUGGAGAUUUCCAGUCCCCUCUCAUCCCAGCCUUCCCAGUUACCCAGAGUGAGGCCAUUCACGGCAGCGAGGACUCUGACGGCAUCCAUCCCAUCCCUCUCCCCCCAACGCUCAGCAUUAUCAACGGGAAACACCAGGUCAGAUUUACUGAGGACGUCUUAAUGUGUGAGAAAUAUUCAGCGUCUCUUUCAAGGACAAUGGAAGUAGAAAAGCAUAAUUGGGAUGGUUUGCAAAAGUGAUAUGACACAACAAUAAAUAUUAAUUCAUUCAUUUACUCCUUCAUUAAUCCAUUCAUUCAGCAGGAGGCUAGAGGAGACCAGUUUGAGACGGCCACACCAGUCCAUGGUGAACUGGGAGGAGAGAUGGAGCAAGAAGAGGAGGAGAAGAGCCCCACUCCCUUUGACUAUGACGCCAUCCAUACUGGAGAGACCAGCGAGUCCACUGCUAUAGACACAGACAGAGAUACAAAAAGACACACAGCUAAAGACACAGGCAGAGACAGGACAGGAAAGACAGAGAGCUCCAAAGGAACAACCACUACUUCCCGCGACACAUCCCCAGUCUCUUCCCCAGUCUUAGCCUCAUCCCCUGGUUCCCCCCAUACUUCCCCAGAUGGCAUCGCCCCCUAUGAGGACAUGGAGGGGUCAGGCGGCCGUACCCAGGAGGGCUCAGCAGAAGACACCCGACCCACCCCUGCCUCAGACAGCCAAUCAGGCGUGGUCACAGAUGAGACGGAGAUUGGAGGGGCGGAGAGUGUCACACGCACCCCAUCUCACCCACUCUCCGCUCACACUAAGGACACAAACACUAUUGACACUUACACCAAGGACACACACACUCCCUCACAGACAGAGGCGGGAGACUUCGAGGGGUCUACAUCGGCAGAAGAGGAAGGCUCAGCACAGGAGGUGUACCCACCUGAAGACCCCAGAUACACUAGCCCUGGCAGUCCUGGAGCCAUCGAGGCUCCCCUGGUGGGGCCUGGGGUGGACGGACAGGUGACUGUUACACCCAAACUAGGAACCAGGCCAGGAGCCAGACCAGGAACCAGGCCAACCCAGGCAGGAGUGACUGUAGGAGACCACACUGGACAUCACACAGACUCUUCUACACAGCCCAGAGACCACUCCCACCAACCUGCCACACAAGAUAAAGAUCUCUCCACUCAUACUAAAGAUCAAACCAGAUACCCUUCUACAGAUUGGAUGGACCAAACCACUCAGCAAACCAAACAGGAUAGGAAUCACUCCACAGACACUAAGGAUCAUUCCAAAUACCCUGCUACACAAACCACCCAGCGUCCAACACACGACAGGGAUACCACCAAGAACCAAACCACACACGAUAGAGAUCACUCCACACACACUAAGGACCAAACCAAACAACCCUCUGACCCUAGAUUCCCCACCACCCACCAUAAGGACCAAACCAGUCACUCUACCACAGAUCAGAAGACCCCACAGCACCUGAACCAAACGCAUACACCCCCUGCACACCCCUCCACUUCACUUCCCGCCCACCCCUCCCACCCCAUCCCCGACUGGGCCCUGACCCCCCAGGACCCCCUACCUGAGGGGGAGGAGUUUGUGGAUUAUGACCGUGUGAUUGGUCCUCCUCUGCCGGAGGCCGGCCCCCCUGUUCCUGAUGAACGUCAGUCCACAUACCAGCCUGAAACAGGAACUGACUACUACAUCGAGGCUCAGUUCGUCGAUGUCAGGGGUAGGUGUAAAUAUCAGAGCCUAUUCAAUGUGUUUAACAAAGGGUGCAUGACGUCAUCAUGGCCGCUGUCUUCUCUGCUCUCAGGGUUGUUGUUGAAUGUUGAUGAUGAUAAUAAUGUUCUUGAUGCUGAUGUUUCUGAUGAUGACGAUGACAGCGAUGACGAUGUUGAUCAUGCUAUUGAUGGCUUUGCUAUGAUGAUGAUGAUGAUGAUGAUGAUGAUGAUUAUAUAUAUGUGUGUGUCUCAGGACUGCAGCAGUGCACAGUGAAUGUGUGUCUGAAUAAAGCAUCCUGCUACCAGAGAGGCAGCGCCAGCAUCUGUGUGUGUGAACCUGGAUACAUCGGACAGCACUGUGAGACAGGUACACACACACACACACACACACACACACACACACACACACAGAGAUAUCAUAUUGUCUCUGUUAUUUGUGUAGAUGUUGAUGAGUGCCAGUCCAACCCAUGUCGUAAUGGAGCCACCUGUAUAGACGGAGUCAACUCCUUCACCUGUGUGUGUCUGCCCAGCUACACAGGACAGCUCUGUGAACAAGGUAACACACAUACACAUGCGCACACACACAAACACACCUGUGCAGCUGCUUUAAAACCCUAAUCAAGGCUUUUACAAAAUAGAGACAGCCUUUCAAGCCUGACUGUUACACCCAAACCAGGAACCAGACCAGGAACCAGGCCAGGAACCAGACCAGGAACCAGACCAGGAACCAGACCAGGAGCCAGACCAGGAACCAGGCCAACCCAGGCAGGAGUGACUGUAGGAGACCACACUGGACAUCACACAGACUCUUCUACACAGCCCAGAGACCACUCCCACCAACCUGCCACACAAGUUAAAGAUCUCUCCACUCAUACUAAAGAUCAAACCAGAUACCCUUCUACAGAUUGGAUGGACCAAACCACUCAGCAAACCAAACAGGAUAGGAAUCACUCCACAGACACUAAGGAUCAUUCCAAAUACCCUGCUACACAAACCACCCAGCGUCCAACACACGACAGGGAUCCCACCAAGAACCAAACCACAUACGAUAGAGAUCACUCCACACACACUAAGGACCAAACCAAACAACCCUCUGACCCUAGAUUCCCCACCACCCACCAUAAGGACCAAACCAGUCACUCUACCACAGAUCAGAAGACCCCACAGCACCUGAACCAAACGCAUACACCCCCUGCACACCCCUCCACUUCACUUCCCGCCCACCCCUCCCACCCCAUCCCCGACUGGACCCAGACCCCCCUACCUGAGGGGGAGGAGUUUGUGGAUUAUGACCGUGUGAUUGGUCCUCCUCUGCCGGAGGCCGGCCCCCCUGUUCCUGAUGAACGUCAGUCCACAUACCAGCCUGAAACAGGAACUGACUACUACAUCGAGGCUCAGUUCGUCGAUGUCAGGGGUAGGUGUAAAUAUCAGAGCCUAUUCAAUGUGUUUAACAAGGGGUGCAUGACGUCAUCAUGGCCGCUGUCUUCUCUGCUCUCAGGGUUGUAGUUGAAUGUUGAUGAUGAUAAUAAUGUUCUUGAUGCUGAUGUUUCUGAUGAUGACGAUGACAGCGAUGACGAUGUUGAUCAUGCUAUUGAUGGCUUUGCUAUGAUGAUGAUGAUGAUGAUGAUGAUGAUGAUGAUGAUUAUAUAUAUGUGUGUGUCUCAGGACUGCAGCAGUGCACAGUGAAUGUGUGUCUGAACGAAGCAUCCUGCUACCAGAGAGGCAGCGCCAGCAUCUGUGUGUGUGAACCUGGAUACAUCGGACAGCACUGUGAGACAGGUACACACACACACACACACACACACACACACACACACACACACACACACACACAGAGAUAUCAUAUUGUCUCUGUUAUUUGUGUAGAUGUUGAUGAGUGCCAGUCCAACCCAUGUCGUAAUGGAGCCACCUGUAUAGACGGAGUCAACUCCUUCACCUGUGUGUGUCUGCCCAGCUACACAGGACAGCUCUGUGAACAAGGUAACACACAUACACAUGCGCACACACACAAACACACCUGUGCAGCUGCUUUAAAACCCUAAUCAAGGCUUUUACAAAAUAGAGACAGCCUUUCAAGCCUGACUGUUACACCCAAACCAGGAACCAGACCAGGAGCCAGACCAGGAACCAGGCCAGGAGCCAGACCAACCCAGGCAGGAGUGACUGUAGGAGACCACACUGGACAUCACACAGACUCUUCUACACAGCCCAGAGACCACUCCCACCAACCUGCCACACAAGUUAAAGAUCUCUCCACUCAUACUAAAGAUCAAACCAGAUACCCUUCUACAGAUUGGAUGGACCAAACCACUCAGCAAACCAUUCAGGAUAGGAAUCACUCCACAGACACUAAGGAUCAUUCCAAAUACCCUGCUACACAAACCACCCAGCGUCCAACACACGACAGGGAUACGACCAAGAACCAAACCACACACGAUAGAGAUCACUCCACACACACUAAGGACCAAACCAAACAACCCUCUGACCCUAGAUUCCCCACCACCCACCAUAAGGACCAAACCAGUCACUCUACCACAGAUCAGAAGACCCCACAGCACCUGAACCAAACGCAUACACCCCCUGCACACCCCUCCACUUCACUUCCCGCCCACCCCUCCCACCCCAUCCCCGACUGGACCCAGACCCCCCUACCUGAGGGGGAGGAGUUUGUGGAUAAUGACGGUGCGAUUGGUCCUCCUCUGCCAGAGGCCGGCCCUCCUGUUCCUGAUGAACCUCAGUCCACAUACCAGCCUGAAACAGGAACUGACUACUACAUCGAGGCUCAGUUCGUCGAUGUCAGGGGUAGGUGUAAAUAUCAGAGCCUAUUCAAAGUGUUUAACAAGGGGUGCAUGACGUCAUCAUGGCCGCUGUCUUCUCUGCUCUCAGGGUUGUAGUUGAAUGUUGAUGAUGAUAAUAAUGUUCUUGACGCUGAUGACGAUGUUGAUCAUGCUAUUGAUGGCUUUGCUAUGAUGAUGAUGAUGAUGAUUAUUAUAUAUAUGUGUGUGUCUCAGGUCUGCAGCACUGCACAGUGAAUGUGUGUCUGAACGAAGCAUCCUGCUACCAGAGAGGCAGCUCCAGCAUCUGUGUGUGUGAACCUGGAUACACCGGACAGCGCUGUGAGACAGGUACACACACAUACACACGUGCGCACACACACACACACACACACACACACACACACACACAGAGAUAUCAUAUUGUCUCUGUUAUUUGUGUAGAUGUUGAUGAGUGCCAGUCCAACCCAUGUCGUAAUGGAGCCACCUGUAUGGACGGAGUCAACUCCUUCACCUGUGUGUGUCUGCCCAGCUACACAGGACAGCUCUGUGAACAAGGUAACACACACACACAAACAUGUGCAGCUGCUUUAAUACUCUAAUUAAGGCUUUUACAAAUCAGAGACAGGCUUUCAAGCCAACUCACAGUUCUGUCCAAAUGUGGUAAAUCAUUAUAGUGGAUCUGCCAGCUCUUGGUCAUAUUUAGUCAGUAGACAGACUACAUUCUCUGGAUCAGGCUGGGAAAGCCAAUGUCUAAGGGUGGCUACGGCUGUGUCUGAGGGGAACACACACACACCACGCCACACACACACACACACACACACACACACACACACACACACACACACACACACACACACACACACACACACACACACACACACACACACGCGCACACACGCACACACACACAGUGAGUCAUGUCUCUGCUCCCUGGAUAUCCCCUGACACUGGGCGUUAGAUCCACAGUCCACAGUUGAUUAGAACCAGCUCCAUUGCCUGUAUUUCUACUAUUACUCAGUGACUAACCCACCCACACACAUUGGCUCACGUGCACACACACAUACUGUACAUACGUGCAUUGUGUACAUUCACACUCUUACUGUCUGCACAGUGCAUACACAAAUAUCAUGCAAAACAAAUAAACACACUGACACCCAAACCUGGAGAGCCACAGCUGUUUUCUCAUGGUAGUGUGUCAGGGGAGAGAGAGAAAGGAGAGAAUUAGUCCAUUAUUGUGUUAGAAAGAUGUUGCAGCUGUGAGGAACUAGAUCAAUGCAGGCUGUACUAACCACUGGCAUGGACCAAACCAACUAUUUAUCCAAUACAGAGCUGCUCAUUGACAGUGUGUGUGUGGGUGGGUGGACAUGUUUAACUAUUUUUGUGGGGACCAAACAUUUUACCAACUGGGGACAUUUUGAUAGUCCCCACGAAGUCAGAUGCUAUUUCUAGGGGGUUUAGGAUUAAGGUUAGAAUUACGUUUAGGGUUAGGAGCUAGGGUUAGGUUUAGGGUUAAGGUUAGGUUUUUGGGUUAAGGUUAGGGUAAGAGUACGGGUAGGGUUAGCUUUAGGGGUUAGGGAAAAUAGGAUUUUGAAUGGGACUGAAUUGGAAAGGUUAGCUAUACAAGACUUGUGUGUGUGUGUGCUUAGCGAGAGUGUAUAUUAAGUUAAUAAAGUUGAUCUGAAGUUUGCUGAUGAUAGACACAGCCUGAGGCCCUGGGUAAAGAGUUCAUAACCCCCCACCUAACAUACACACACACACACACACACACAGAGACACAAACACACACACACAGAGAGACACACACACACACACAGAGAGACAUACACAGGGACUGCCAGUCUUGGUUUAGCCCUUUAUAAGGUUAAAUACAGUAAAAGGGUUGUAUGUUUCUCUAGACAUUCUAACCCAUUAUAAUCAAUAACAUCACAAAGACCUGCUUAUUCAGCCCGUAUGGUAUGAAUGGGACUGGUCAUUCCCUAGCAACGAACAUAGCAACAAUACUUGUGUGAAACAAGCAAAACAUACCAGAGAAAUUAACAUUGUUUUUUUACAGAUUGGCAUUCGCCGUAUCAUUUGUCUCAUCAUUAAAUUAUGUAAACACAUGAAGUGUUGUUUUUCGUAACCUAUUGAACUUCAACAUUCAAGAGUAGAACACUCAGAAUAAACUUCUAGAAUGAUGGAACUACUCUAAACAACUAUUCAGAAUUAUUGUUCUAUGAGAACAGCUCACCAGAGAAUCAUGUUGUGAAUGGUUAUCUCAUCCAAGCCAGCAGCGCGCCGGAUCAUGGUGUUCUGACAUACACUACAUGUACAGUGGGGAGAACAAGUAUUUGAUACACUGCCGAUUUUGCAGGUUUUCCUACUUACAAAGCAUGUAGAGGUCUGUAAUUUUUAUCAUAGGUACACUUCAACUGUGAGAGACAGAAUCUAAAACAAAAAUCCAGAAAAUCACAUUGUAUGAUUUUUAAGUAAUUAAUUAGCAUUUUAUUGCAUGACAUAAGUAUUUGAUACAUCAGAAAAGUAGAACUUAAUAUUUGGUACAGAAACCUCUGUUUGCAAUUACAGAGAUCAUACGUUUCCUGUAGGUCUUGACCAGGUUUGCACACACUGCAGCAGGGAUUUUGGCCCACUCCUCCAUACAGACCUUCUCCAGAUCCUUCAGGUUUCGGGGCUGUCGCUGGGCAAUACAGACUUUCAGCUCCCUCCAUAGAUUUUCUAUUGGGUUCAGGUCUGGAGACUGGCUAGGCCACUCCAGGACCUUGAGAUGCUUCUUACGGAGCCACUCCUUAGUUGCCCUGGCUGUGUGUUUCGGGUCGUUGUCAUGCUGGAAGACCCAGCCACGACCCAUCUUUAAUGCUCUUACUGAGGGAAGGAGGUUGUUGGCCAAGAUCUUGCGAUACAUGGCCCCAUCCAUCCUCCCCUCAAUACGGUGCAGUCGUCCUGUCCCCUUUGCAGAAAAGCAUCCCCAAAGAAUGAUGUUUCCACCUCCGUGCUUCACGGUUGGGAUGGUGUUCUUGGGUUUGUACUCAUCCUUCUUCUUCCUCCAAACACGGCGAGUGGAGUUUAGACCAAAAAGCUCUAUUUUUGUCUCAUCAGACCACAUGACCUUCUCCCAUUCCUCCUCUGGAUCAUCCAGAUGGUCAUUGGCAAACUUCAGACGGGCCUGGACAUGCGCUGGCUUGAGCAGGGGGAUUUUAAUCCAUGACGGCGUAGUGUGUUACUAAUAGUUUUCUUUGAGACUGUGGUCCCAGCUCUCUUCAGGUCAUUGACCAGGUCCUGCCGUGUAGUUCUGGGCUGAUCCCUCACCUUCCUCAUUGAUGCCCCACGAGGUGAGAUCUUGCAUGGAGCCCCAGACCGAGGGUGAUUGACCGUCAUCUUGAACUUCUUCCAUUUUCUAAUAAUUGCGCCAACAGUUGUUGCCUUCUCACCAAGCUGCUUGCCUUUUGUCCUGUAGCCCAUCCCAGCCUUGUGCAGGUCUACAAUUUUAUCCCUGAUGUCCUUACACAGCUCUCUGGUCUUGGCCAUUGUGGAGAGGUUGGAGUCUGUUUGAUUGAAUGUGUGGACAGGUUUCUUUUAUACAGGUAACGAGUUCAAACAGGUGCAGUUAAUACAGGUAAUGAGUGGAGAACAGGAGGGCUUCUUAAAGAAAAACUAACAGGUCUGUGAGAGCUGGAAUUCUUACUGGUUGGUAGGUGAUCAAAUACGUAUGUCAUGCAAUAAAAUGCAAAUUAAUUACUUAAAAAUCAUACAAUGUGAUUUUCUGGAUUUUUGUUUUAGAUUCUGUCUCUCACAGUUGAAGUAUACAUAUGAUAAAAAUGACAGACCUCUACAUGCUUUGUAAGUAGGAAAACCUGCAAAAUCGGCAGUGUAUCAAAUACUUGUUCUCCCCACUGUAUGUGGACACCUGCUCAGCGAACAUCUCAUUCCAAAAUCAUAGCCAUUAAUAUGGAGUUGGUCCCCCUUUGCUGCUAUAACAGCCUCCACUCUUCUGGGAAGGCUUUCCACUAGAUGUUGGAAUAUUGCUGCGGGGACUUGCUUCUAUUCAGCCACAAGAGCAUUAGUGAGGUCAGGCACUGAUGUUAGGCGAUUAGGCCUGGCUCGCAGUCAGCAUUCCAAUUCAUCCAAAAGGUGUUCGAUGGGGUUGAGGUCAGGACUCUGUGCAGGCCAGUCAAGUUCUUCCACACUGAUCUCGACAGACCAUUUCUGUAUGGACCUCGCUUUGUGCACGGGGGCAUUGUCAGGCUGAAACAGGAAAGGGCCUUCACCAAACUGUUGCCACAAAGUUGGAAGCACAGAAUCGUCUAGAAUGUCAUUUUAUGCUGUAGCGUUAAGAUUUCCCUUCACUGGAACUAAGGGGCCUAGCCCAAACCAUGAAAAAUAGCCCCAGACCAUUAUUCCUCCUCCACCAAACUUUACAGUUGGCACUAUGCAUUGGGGCAGGUAGCGUUCUCCUGGCAUCCACCAAACCCAGAUCGUCCGUCGGACUGCCAGAGGGUGAAGCGUGAUUAAUCACUCCAGAGAACGCGUUUCCACUGCUCCAGUGUCCAAUGGCGGCAAACUUUACACCACUCCAGCCGACGCUUGGCAUUGCGCAUGGUGAUCUUAGGCUUGUGUGCGGCUGCUCGGCCAUAGAAGCCCAUUUCAUGAAGCUCCCGACGAACAGUUCUUGCGCUGACGUUGCUUCCAGAGGCAGCUUGGAACUCGGUAGUGAGUGUUGCAACCGAGGACAGACGACUUUUACAUGCUACGCGGUUCAGCACUCGGCGGUCCUGUUCUGUGAGCUUGUGUGGCCUAGACAUUUCCACUUCACAAUAACAGCACUUACAGUUGACCGGGGCAGCUCUAGCAGGGCUGACUUGUUGGAAAGGUGGCAUCCUAUGACAGUGCCACGUUGAAAGUCACUUCAGUACGGGCCAUUCUACUGCCAAUGUUUGUCUAUGGAGAUUGCAUGGCGGUGUGCUCGAUUUUAUACACCUGUCAGCAACAGGUGUGGCUGAAAUAGCCGAAUCCACUAAAUGGGUGUCCACAUACUUUUGCACACCAGCAUGCGUUUCAUGACCAAAUCUAACAAAGUCCAACAUCAACAAAGAGGGUUCAGUUCACUAUGGAGCUACAGUCCCUUUUUUGUCAUUUUAGCAGACGCUCUUAUCCAGAGCGACUUACAGUUAGUACUCAUCUAUUGACUGGGCUUAUGCAGGCGGAUUCAAUGUGUGUGCGGGCAUGACAGCGGGCAAGCUUGCGUGUUUGUCCUAGAGAAUAGGGGAAUUUGUGAGGGUUUCCAAACAGGCUAAUGAGUUUCAAUUGUGAGCCUAUGAGUUUGUAAGCUCAUUCAGCCAGCUGGAGCGCUCUCUCCCUCUUACAGUCCACCCUUCGUUUUAGUUUCUCUCUCUUUCACUCUCUCACUCUGUUUUACUCUCUUUCGCUCUCUGUUUCUCUCUCUCUCUUCACCUCCAGGUUUGUGCAAUUUGUUUAAUCUCUGUAGAUAUUGUUAGUCAUUGAUUUAUUCUCUUCGUCAUUGAUUCCUCUCGCUCUCCCUGUCUCUCCCCCAGACACGGAGGUGUGUGAGUAUGGCUGGCAGAAGUUCCAGAGCCAGUGUUAUAAGUACAUCACCCACCGUCGCACCUGGGAUGCUGCCGAGAGGGAGUGUCGUCUCCAAGGAGCCCACCUCGUCAGUGUCCUGUCACAGGAGGAGCAGCUGUAUGUCAACGGUAAGUCCGCCUCCUUUAGGUUAUCAUAGGUCACGGGUCACAGGUCACAGGCCCAGGUUAGGGUCAGAGGGUAGAGAUUAUGGGCUAUAGAGAUCAUGUGUGUCGCAUGUAGCACUCAAUUGUCCAUAUGAAACUGUUUUUAUGAGUCUGUACACCAACACAGAAAACAAACUGUAAAAGACUGGUGUUUGUGCAACAAGCAGCUCAGAAGGCUGGCUGGGGUAAUAACAUGACCCAGUUUCUGACUUGUUUAUGGGGGACAGUUGAUGGUGCAAGGGGGGUGGGGGGUUUUGUAUACAAGAUGGACUCAUUUCAUGCUCUAGGGAUGAUUACCUACUCUACAGUAAGUAUCCCCUCUGCUUUUGUCUGUAUUGUUUCUCUCUCACACACACACACACACACACACACUGCAAUCUGUAAUCUAGUCUGUAAACAUGCAAGCUUUAUUGUGUUAGACAGAUAAGAUGGGAACAGGGAAAGGGAGAGGAGAGAAAUAGGGAGAGGAGAAGGGAGGUACAGGGUUUAGGAAAGUGGGAGAGAAGGAGAGAAGGAGAGGUUGGCAGUGUUUCGGGGCUCAGAAAGCAGGCUUUGGGAACAGGAAACUGGUUAUUUCCUGUUGUAGAACUAAAGAGAAUCAGGCUAAUCUAACUGUUGUUUCUAACCCCUAGGUCUGGGCCAUGACUACCAGUGGAUCGGUCUAAACGACAAGAUGUUUGAGAGAGACUUCCGCUGGACUGACGGCAACAUCAUGGUAAGACAGGAGAAAAUCACCCUGAUAAGAUAUUAUAUGAUAUGGGUGUUACUACUUAUUAUAUAUAUAUACACACACACACACACACACACACACACACACGCACGCACGCACACACUGUCCAGCUGUUUUCUCUGUAUGACGUCUGGGGAGUUAUCGCUCAGUACAACAAGACACACCCUUGUUCACUUCUAAGUGUUCCAGUGUGCGUUUGGGUGUGUAUUCAAGUUAACAUGCAUCACUGCAUGGUUGAAGCCGUUUGGACCAGGGACACUGCGACAAAAAGAACCCAGGGAAGAGAGAGGUCAUCGGCGGGUAGAGUUGGGGAGAACUCUCCUUGUCCCCAUGUCCAUCUGCCUGUUGGUGGUGGUGGUGGGAGGUUGGCUAAACAGUUGGGUCAGCUACAGAUAGAGAUUAUGGGGCUGGCUCACUUAGAUGGAGCCAUCGCGCCCCAUAUAGCCUCUCUGUAUAUUACAGCCACAGACUAAGAUCUCUUCAGCAAAAAACAUCAAAAUUAAUGACAGAUUUCUUAAAUGAUCUUAGAUUAAUUCUGACUAUUUUGAGGAAGUGCAUACGGGCUACGGCGUCCCAAAAUGGACAAACAGUACUAUUGCCGUUUUUUUCUAUUUUAAGGGAGUAUGCGCAAGCACACUCUUUCGGCCAGCUGAAGCAUGCUGGCGCCUUUACUCCACCUCAGCACCAUUCAAAUCCAAUCCAAUUACAUUUGUCACAUGAUUUGUAAACAACAGGUGUAGACUAACAGUGAAAUGCUUACUUACGGGCCCUUCCCAACAAUGCAGAGAGAAAGAAAAGUAAAACACGUGUCACGGUAUACUUGUGGAUGUGGUGGUGAAGUCAGGCGCAGGACACAGCGGAUAAGUCAAAAAGACUUUACUUGACUCAAUGACACAAUACAAAAAUAAAUGGCCUCGAAAACACAGGAGGCGAAAACCUACGCGCAACUCGUAAAACACUAAUGCACAACAUAUACCAAAAAGACAAACGACAGGCGGACAAGUACACUAUUAAAGAGAUGUACGCAUAUCACGCUGCGCCUUGGUCCACUCAUUAUGACGACCGUGACAGAAGAUCUCACCAAAACAGGACCAAGCAGCGUGUCCAGGAGCAGACAGCCUGGACUUGGGAGGAGAUCUUGGACGGGCAGGGGUCCUGGACUUGGGAGGAAAUCCAGGCCGGAAUGGAUCGCCGUCCGUGGGAGGAGACGGUGGAGGCGCGCCAUAGAGAGGAGCAGCGGCGCCAACCGGGUCGACGUCGGACACGCAAGAGGCAACCCCAAUAAUUUUUUUUGGGGGGGCACACGGCAUGGACGACGGGGCUGCUGGAGGCAGCUACAGGGCGAGUUUGGGGAUUAGGAGAGGCCACAGGGUUUGGGGGGCUGGAAGGGAGGUUGGCGGAGCCUAGAGGUAGAGCAGAGCCAACUCCCCGUACUCAGGCUAGGCAUCGUGAGACUGGGCAGGUUCCGAGGUAUGCGGAGCUGCGUACUGUGCCGCGAGUGGUCCGGCACAGUCCGGUACGUCCUGUGCGAGCACCACGCACGUGUCGUGCUAAGGUGGGCAUGCAGCCAGGACGGAGUGUGCCGGCUCAACGCUCGUGGCCUCCAGUGCCCCUCCUCGGUCCCGGAUAUCCUGCGCCAGUGUCACGUGCUGUAGUGCCAGUAUGAGUACACAGCCCUGUACGUCCUGUGCUGAUGCCUCACACAGAGUGUGUAAAAAUAGGCAUUCAGCCAGGACGGGUUGUGUCAGCUCUUCGCUCCAGACCUCCAGUCCGUCUCGACAGCCCGGUCCGGCCUGUUCCUGCUCCCCGCACCAAGCCUGUGGUGCGCGUCGCCAGCCCGGCCCGGCCUGUUCCUGCCCCUCGCACCAAGCCUGUGGUGCGCGUCGCCAGCCCGGCCCGGCCUGUUCCUGCCCCUCGCACCAAGCCUGUGGUGCGCGUAGCCAGCCCGGUCCGGCCUGUUCCUGCUCCCCGCACCAUGCCUGUGGUGCGCGUCGCCAGCCCGGCCCGGCCUGUUCCUGCUCCCCGCACCAAGCCAGUGGUGCGCAUCGUCAGCCCGGUCUGGCCCGUUCCUGCUCCCCGCACCAAGCCAGUGGUGCGCGUCGUCAGCCCGGUCCGGCCCAUUCCUGCUCCCCGCACCAAGCCAGUGGUGCGCAUCGUCAGCCCGGUCCGGCCCGUUCCUGCUCCCCGCACCAAGUCAGUGGUGCGCGUCGUCAGCCCGGUCCGGCCCAUUCCUGCUCCCCGCACCAAGCCUGUGGUGCGCAUCGUCAGUCCGGCACAGCCCGUGCCUGUUUCACCGGUGCCUGGUCAGGUACCGGUCAGCUGCUCCACACCGGAGCCUAAGCAAUCCGCUCCACCGAUGUCCAGCUCCUGCCAGCGGGGCCAGACCAAACCAGGGGCGCUACGGGGGGGUAGUUAGAGGGUGGUGGUCACGCCCGGAGCCGGAUCCGCCUCCGAGGUGGAAUGCCCACCCGGCCCCUCCCCUGUUGGGUUUAUGUUGGCGCGGUCGCAGUCCGCGCCUUUGGGGGUGGGGGGGGUACUGUCACGCCCUGGCUCUGGGGACUCUUGUAUGUUGAGCCAGGGUGUUAGUUUCUUUGUGUAGUGUCUAUGUUUCGUUUCCUAUGUUCUGUUCUAGGUUAUGUGUUUCUAUGUUGGCCGGGGUGGUUCUCAAUCAGAGGCAACAAGAAUCAGCUGUUGCUUGUUGUCUCUGAUUGGGAACCAUACUUAGGCAGCCUUUUGUGCACUUGUGAUUCGUGGGAUCUUGUUCCGUGUAGGUUUGUGUAUGACCGAGGACUUCACGUUUCGUUUUGUUGUUUUGUUAUUUGUAUCGUGUUGCUAAGUACACUAUUAAAGAGAUGUAUGCAUAUCACGCUGCGCCUUGGUCCACUCAUUAUGACGACCGUGACAACACGUAAUAAUAGAUACACAAUGAGUAACGAUAACUUGGCUAUAUACAAGGGGUACCAAUACCAAGUUGAUGUGCAGGGGUACGAGGUAAUUGAGGUAGAUACACUGCAUUCGGAAAGUAUUCAGACCCCUUCCCUUUUUCCACAUUUUGUUAUGUUACAACUUUAUUCUAAAAUUGAUACAAUUAUAUAUUUUUCCUCAUCAAUCCACACACAAUACCCCAUAAUGACAGAGCGAAAACACGUUUUUAUAAACUUUUGCAAAUUUAGUAAAAAUAAAAAACGGAAAUACCUUAUUUACAUAUGUAUUCAGACCCUUUGCUAUGAGACUCGAAAUUGAGCUCAGGUGCAUCCUGUUUCCAUUGAUCAUCCUUGAGAUGUUUCUACAACCUGAUUGGAGUCCACCUGUGGUUGAUUUGGAAAGGCACACACCUGUCUAUAUAAGGUCCCACAGUUGACAGUGCAUGUCAGAGCAAAAAGCAAGCCAUGAGGUCAAAGGAAUUGUCCGUAGAGCUCCGAGACAGGAUUGUGUCAAGGCACAGAUCUGGGGAAGGGUACCAAAAAAUGUCUGCAGCAUUGAAGGUCCCCAAGAACACAGUGGCCUCCAUCAUUCUUAAAUGGAAGAAGUUUGGAACCACCAAGACUCUUCCUAGAGCUUGCCGCCUGGCCAAACUGAGCAAUCGGGGGAGAAGGGCCUUGAUCAGGGAGAUGACCACGAACCCGAUGGUCACUCUGACAGAGCUCCAGCGGUCCUCUGUGGAGAUGGGAGAACCUUCCAGAAGGACAACCAUCUCUGCAGCACUCCACCAAUCAGGCCUUUAUGAUAGUGGCCAGACGGAAGCCACUCCUCAGUAAAAGGCACAUGACAGCCUGCUUGGAAUUUGCCAAAAGGCACCUAAAGGACUCUCAGACCAUGAGAAACAAGAUUCUCUGGUCUGAUGAAACCAAGAUUGAACUCUUUGGCCUGAAUGCCAAGCUUUACGUCUGGAGGAAAUCUGACACCAUCCCUACGGUGAUGCAUGGUGGUGGCAGCAUCAUGGUGUGGGGAUGUUUUUCAGAGGCAGGGACUGGGAGACUAGUCAGGAUUGAGGGAAACAUGAAUGGAGCAAAGUACAGAGAGAUCCUUGAUGAAAACCUGCUCCAGAGCACUCAGGACCUCAGACUGGGGCGAAGGUUCACCUUCCAACAGGACAACGACCCUAAGCACACAGCCAAGACAACGCAGGAGUGGCUUCAGGACAAGUCUCUGAAUGUCCUUGAGUGGCCCAGCCAGAGCCCGGACUUGAACCCGAUCUCUGGAGAGACCUGAAAAUAGCUGUGCAGCGACACUCCCCAUCCAACCUGACAGAGAUUGAGAGGAUCUGCAGAGAAGAAUGGGAGAAACUCCCCAAAUACAGGUGUGCCAAGCUUGUAGCAUCAUACCCAAGAAGACUCAAGGCUGUAAUCGCUGCCAAAGGUGCUUCAACAAAGUACUGAGUGCAUGGUCUGAAUAAUUAUGUAAAUGUGAUAUUUCUGGGUUUUUGUGUGGGUUUUUUUUAGUUAAAAAAAAUAUAAAAACCUGUUUUUGCUUUUUCAUUAUGGGGUAUUGUGUGUAGAUUGAUGAGGGAAAAAAACAAUUUAAUCAAUUUUAGAAUAAGGAUGUAACAUAAAAAAAUGUGGAAAAAGUCAAGGGGUCUGAAUACUUUCUGAAUGCACUGUACAUAUAACUUGUAAUAAAGUGACAGAUAGUAAGUAGCAACACCGUAUGUUAUGAGUAAAAAAAGUUAGUUCAAUAAGGGUCAAUGCAGAUAAUCCGGGUAACUAUUUGGUUAACUAUUUAACUAACUAUUUAGCAGUCUUAUGGCUUGGGGGUAGAAGCUGUUCAGGGUCCUGUAGGUUUCAGACUUGGUGUAUCGGUACCGCUUGCCAUGCGGUAGCAGAGAGAACAGUCGAUGACUUGGGUGGCUGGAGUCUUUGACAAUUUUUUGGGCCUUCCUCUGACCGCCUGGUAUAGAGUUCCUGGAUGGCAGGGAGCUUGCCCCCAGUGAUGUCCUUGGCCCUACGCAGUACCCUCUGUAGCGCCUUGCGGUCGGAUGCCAAGCGGUUGCCAUUCCAGGCGGUGAUGCAGCCAGUCAGGAUGCUCUCAAUGGUGCAGCUGUAGAUCUUUUUCAGGAUCUAUAGGGCCCAUGUACCAGCAACCCUUGGGGCACUUGGCAUACCCACAGGGGGUACUUGAGAAGACUCAUGAGACCAUAGGCUUACUGGUAAAAUCCACAUUAGGGGGUACUUCAGGGGUACCCCGGGCAGAGCAAAAUUCAGUUGGUGGUACAUUAAUAGAAAAAGAUUGGGAACCACUGCAGUAGGAGUCUCCAUCAGUGGAGGCUCCUCAGAGGAGGAAGGAGAGAACCAUCAUCCUCAGUGAAUUACAUAAAAAUAAAAAUAGUGAAACAUGAGGAGCAGAGUUAACAAAGGAACUGUGUGUAAUAUCCCAAUAAGCUUGUUAAAAGGUAUUGUCAUCUGGUGCCUAUAGUAGCUAGUGAUUAAUGAGAUUUGUAAAGAAGUUACAUUAAGAUUCCUCCACUGUGUUAUACGGUGACUAGCUUAUAGGCCAGGUGUAGUCUGAGGAUCCUAGACUGUAUAAGGGCUGUGUGAGCUAUCAGAGUAACUGUGAUGCAGUAAAGGUGUUAGUGAAUGUGACUAAACUUUGGUGAUGAUGACAGUGUGUGAUUGUAUUUGUAGCAAUAUGAGCACUGGCGUCCCAACCAGCCAGACAGUUUCUUCCAGUCUGGAGAGGACUGUGUGGUGAUGAUCUGGCACGAGGGAGGACAGUGGAAUGACAUACCCUGCAACUACCACCUCACCUUCACCUGCAAGAAGGGCACAGGUAACUCACGCACACACACACACACACACACACACACACACACACACACAUAAACACAUACAUAGAUACCUAACCCCUGUCCUCUCUCCUCCCUCCAGUCUCUUGCAGCCAGCCCCCAGUAGUGGAGGAUGCUUGUGUGUUUGGUUCUAUGAAGCCUCGUUAUGAGAUCAACACUCUGGUUCGUUACCACUGUAAAAACGGCUUCAUACAGAGACACCCCCCCACCAUCCGCUGCCGUGACAACGGCCAAUGGGACAGCCCCAAGAUCACCUGCAUGAGCCGUGAGUACUGCCCACUUCUUCUGUCUCUGACUACCAGAACUAACUACACCCACCCAACUAAUCAGGGCCUAGAUCCAACGACAUUAACAAUCUCUCUUUUUGUUUUUUUCAGCCGCUACCUACCAGAAGUCUUUCGCUUCUAGGAAACGCACCGAUAAUCACAAUCAUAACCAGAAUCAGUACAAUCACAAUACUCACAACCAAAACCAUGACCAGUACAACUAUCAAAACCAACAAUACAACAGCCAAAACAAUCAAGACCAACAGAAGAACUACAACCAGAAACUUUAG